AUGGGGAAGCCCAGUUCAAUGGAUACAAAAUAUAAGGAUGACUUAUUUCGGAAGUAUGUGCAGUUUCAUGAGGGCAAAGUGGACGCCACCCCCAGCAAGCAGCGGCCUGGCAAUGAUGAGUACCUGCGGGUGGCAGCCUCGACCUUGCUCAGCCUGCACAAGGUGGAUCCCUUUUAUCGAUUCCGGCUGAUCCAAUUCUAUGAGGUGGUGGAGAGCUCCUUGCGCGCGCUGAGCUCCUCCAGCCUGCGGGCUCUGCACUGCGCCUUCAGUGUGCUGGAAACGGUGGGCGUCAACCUCUUUCUCUACCCAUGGAAGAAGGAAUUCAGAAGCAUUAAGACCUACACGGGCCCCUUCGUUUAUUAUGUCAAGUCCACGUUACUGGAAGAUGAUAUCCGAACGAUCCUGAAUUACAUGGGCUACGUGCCUGAGCUGGGGACUGUGUACAAGCUCACAGAAUUGGUGGAGAGCCUGCAGGUGAAGAUGGUCUCCUUUGAACUCUUUCUGGCCAAGGUGGAGUGUGAGCAGAUGCUGGAAAUCCACUCCCAAGUCAAGGACAAAGGCUACUCCGAGCUGGACGUGGUAAACGAGCGCAAGAGCAGCGCGGAGGACGUGCGGGGCUGCUCCAACGCCCUGCGGCGGCGGGCGGAGGCCCGAGAGCACCUCCCCGCCUCCAUGGCUCGAGUGGCACUCCAGAAGUCGGCCAGCGAGCGGGGGGCCAAGGACUACUACAAGCCGCGUGUGACCAAACUCUCGAGGUCAGUGGAUGCCUACGACAGCUACUGGGAGAGUCAGAGCCGGAAGCCACCCCUGAAGACCUCUCUGAGCUUGCGGAAGGAGCCUGUGGCGGCAGAGGUAGGGGAUGACCUCAAGGAUGAGAUCAUCCGCCCGUCCCCCUCGCUCCUGACCAUGUCCAGCUCCCCCCAUGGCAGCCCUGACGACCUUCCAUCCUCCUCCCCCAGCAAUGGCCUUGGCCUGCUGCGUGGCACGUACUUCUCUGCUCAGGAUGACGUGGAUCUCUACACCGACUCAGAACCUAGGGCCGCAUACCGGAGGCAGGAUGCCCUGCGACCGGAUGUGUGGCUGGUCAGAAAUGAUGCCCACCCUCUCUACCACAAGCACUCCCCCCCCACCAAAGAGACCACCCUAUCCAAGUGCCAAAACUGCGGCUUGUCCUGUAGCUCCUCCCUCUGCCAGCGCUGUGGCAGCCUGCUCCCCUGUCCCCCAGCCUCCAAGCCCAGCACCUUCCCCAGCAAGUCCUCCACCCAUGACAGCCUGGCCCAUGGGUCAUCUCUGAGGGAGAAGUAUGCGGGCCAGACUCAGGUGCAUCUCCAUUCAAAAUCCAAGUCCUCCACCACAGCCACCUCCCGCUGUGGCUUCUGUAAUCGCCCAGGUGCCACCAACACCUGCACCCAAUGUUCGAAAGUUUCCUGUGAUGCCUGCCUCAACGCCUACCAUUAUGACCCCUGCUGCAAAAAAAGCGAGCUGCACAAGUUCAUGCCCAACAACCAGCUGAACUACAAGUCCACCCAGUUCUCCCAUCUCGUGUAUAGAUAA